GUGAAAUCAGGCACAAAAAUAUACAAUUUGAAGAUUAAAUAUAACGAUUUGUUUUUAAAAUAUAGUAACAUCAAUAUUUAACUAACAGUUUAGAAUAAAUAUAAAAGAAUGCUUUUAAUAUUAUUUGUGCAUUUUUAAACCCUAUAGAGAUAUGUUAAUUAAUGUUAACGAAUUCACAAUUAUAUAAAAAAAUAUAAUAAUUUAAUAAACCGUAAUUUUCACAAUUUGCUUUAAAAUUAUUUGUAAAUACAUAAUUAGAUACAUUAGUAGAAUAUGGGGAUGAAGAUGAAUUCAAAAAUUUAAGAGAAAAACGAUUAUUUCUAGCUUCAUAAAAUAUGGAAAAUUCUUUAUUUUAUUUAUAAAAAUAUUCUAAAUUACAAAAAGACUUGUUUUUAUUAAAAAAUAUUCCAAAUUAAAUAUUUAAUUGUUUAUUUGAUCCACAAAUCCCAAAUAUGACAAUUAGAAGAGCAAAUAUAGGAACUUAUUCAAAUACUUGGUUUUAAAAUAUGUUAUUAGAUAUUUAAAUGAAUAAUAGUAUUAAAGGAAACAAAAAAAUAAAACAUAAUAAAAAAUUAAUUAAAAUAUUAACUUUGAAAUUCUAGAGUAAAUAAGAAAUUAUUAAUAAAUAAUUUUUGAAAAUAUAGAGAUGAUUAAAUAAAAUGAUGUAGUUAUGUGUAUUUUAACAUUGAAUGAUAUCAUUGUUAAUUAAUGUGAUUUUAUUUAUUAAUUACUUUAUAAUAUCAAUGAUUUUGAUUUAUUGAUUUCUGAGUAUAAUAAUAGAUGGAAUGCCUUUUCGGCUUCCAUAUAUUAAAUAUAAAAUAUAACUUAAAAUAUUUAUGAUUAAUUUAAUGUUAUUUACGAAGAAGAAAAGAAGAAACAAAAUAGCUUUUUUUGCUCAUCUACAAAUCAUAAUUAACCUUAGUAUUCUUUUUUAAGGAUGGCUGUCUCUAAUUGGAAUAGAAUUAUUUUAUAAAAUCUUUGGAAUAAGCUAUUUAAGUCUUUUUCUUAACUU